AUGAACAUCCUGGUGACCAUAUCUGUCCGUGUGAGUACCGAAAAAUCUGUUGACAUUGGUCCAGAAACAUCAACGACCUCGUAUUUUGUCCGUUCAAAAGCAGCCAGAAUAUUUUAUCGUGUGGAUGAGAUAAAUCAAUUUACUGAAACAAUGUGUGAUCCAUUUUCUUAUUACAUACUGAAUUUGACACUGAACUCACCAUACCGGAGAGCGUUUUCCCACUUUGUAGCACCCCGCAUAUUCAGGGCUAUGGCGCCUCUGCGCCAUCUGUUGCCGUGUCAGUAUUAUUUGGCAAGCCUUUGGCAAGCCUUUGGCAGGCUUUGGAACAUAAUUAGGCUCAUUCAAAACCACCAGAGCAGUAAAGGUGCUACAGGAGAAAGAAAACUCCCAAUGCAAGUCGUGGGAUACCUUGUCAUCAUUUAUCUCAAAAAUGAAUUAGUAAGCAGUGGAGUUAAUCUCAAACAGCCGGUCGAAUCAUUUCUUAAGAUAUGCUCAUAUACCUUACAAGCAACGCAUUUGGUGACAAAGAAUAUACGUCUUGAGAAUACUAUAAGUAUAAACCUACAAAGAUUAGGCGAGAACAAGAACUAA